AUGAUCCUGGUUCCUAGUAAAGCUCUGUGUAAUGGGCAGCCACCACGGGAGGCGUUUAACCCAUCGUACGGCGUUUAUCAAGUGGUACGGCUAAUUUUAACAGCAUCGAUUCCCUUUGUACAAGGUGAUGCACACACUCCACACGAGGUGACGUGGGACGGUCAGACGCCCUAUCAGCCAGUCCAGCUGGUCUUCGUUUAUAAAGACGCCUAUGCGGCGUAUUGGAGCAAUGCCGUUGUUCUCGGAACUGGUGUCAUGGGUCUCGUUCUGUAUUACGGACGCGAUUUGCUCAGGCGGGAAACCGAAGCCUUGCUGAAAAACAUCUACGCACGUCUGUGCGUUGUUGCGUGCAUAUUCUCCGUAGUGGCAACUGUAUUUACCGUAAGACGAUGGCAAACUGUUUCCAAAACCUACUUAGAGAAUAAUGCAAGCGAUUUGGAAAUACCGUUUAUCAUGUCCAUAGUAGCCUGCUUCCUGCAUGUUCUGCCUGGGUCAGCUGGUUUGUUUGCUCCUAUUUUGACCCUGAUGUCCGUGACGUACAAACAUUACCAUCCACCCGCGGUGUCGAACACGGGAAAACUUUGCAACAAAAAGAUCGUCCUUGAGCAAGGCAAAUUUCGUGAUAUCCACAAUGACCACGGUAUACAGUGGACACUAACGAAGCCCGUUGACAACGACAAUGCCAACGUCAACAUGCAAAAUCCUCAUCUUUUGGAAAAUUUUCAACUUGUCUAUCGACACCACAAGGAAUCUGCUAAUUCUCGUUGGCGCUCCCAGCUUCGCAAACUGCUUCGUCGUGCACGCGAUCCUAACGCCAUCAGCCGCAUCACUAUGCAGUCGUCCCGUUUGACCGGUGCAUCGCUGCCUGCUCACCCGUCGACUUUUGACACUGUCCGCCACGACGAAUCAGGAUGUGUUGUUGAAGAGACUUACUCCGAGAUGACAUCUCAGUACACUGAAGUUUCAGGGCAGCCAUCGUCCGGCCUGACCAUGCCCGACAGCGCAUCGGAUGUGAUUAGAGAACUGAUUAGUGAAAACAUGAAGCACCCAGACACGGAUACUAUCGAGCAUAAGAACGAGGAAAAUCUCAAUCAUUAAUUUGGAUUAAUUAGCAUUUCCAUUCUGUUCCAAGGGGUGCUAAUUGCUUGUGAAGAAUAAACAAACAUUAUGGCUGCGUGCACGGGUAAACACGGGCAUUGUUGGCUGAGUGCACGGGCGUCCUUUUG